AUGGUUCAAGUCGGGGAGGCAGGCGUCGCUUUGACCAAAGCCGCCAUGGAGACGUGGAUGCUCAAUUUCAACAACAACGCAGCUGAGAAGCACGACCUUCUGGCGGCCGACGUGCGCCUGACGCAUAUGUCGCAAGUGACCGAUGCGCCUGAAACUCGUGACGGGAAGGCUGAAGUGAUAGACUUCUUCCGCGACUUCGAAAAUGCCACUGGGGCUCGAGAGUUCCUUUCCGUGGACGGAGGCGCCUUCAUGAUCGAGAACAAGGGCAAUAACCUCCACCCCCGGAUGGGACUCUUGAUUUUCGAGGUGAACCCCGAAGGCAAGAUCCAAGACAUCAAGAUUUGGGUGGCCUCCCUGCAGGGGGACAGAGACGACUUGAGCGACAGCGGCCUGACUAGCGUCGCGCCGUCGCUACUGGACUCACGCGGAGAGGGGGCCUCGGUUUCGGGCGCGACUGAGCCUGCUGUGUGCCAGCAAUCCGGCAGCCGACCAUCGCUGCAGCAGAUGCAGCGGUUCAACGCGUCGGUUGAAAAGGUGAAAGCGCUGGACCUGGAUGCUGUCGUGGCAGUUCUCGUGAAGAAGGACGGCUACUCGCCCACGAAGGCAGCAGAGCUCGCGGAGGAAUACCGCAAGUACCUGGCCCUGGUGAGCAUCGGUCUCAGCCCCGUGCCGUCGAAGAAGGUGGAUGAUGCAUGGCACGCCCACAUCCUAAACACCAAAAAGUACCAGGCAGACACCCGCGCUCUGUUGGGCCACUUCCUCCAUCACGAGCCGGCGAACCUUCUCUUGGAGCAGCAGGGCCUCAAAGAGCAGAAAUCGUCCAUGGACAACAUGUUCUUGCGCACCAAGAUGCAGCUCUGCGACUACUAUGGCCGCGUCGAUGAAGCGGCGUGGUCCAAGGAAGACGUUGCUCUUUGCGCUUCUCGCAGUAUGGGCGGUGUUUCCUCGCCUUUCCCCAUGUGCUGCCACGGAAGGAGGGUCUUCAACUUGAUGUCCAAAGGAAGUCUGCGAAGCCGCGUCGAACAAAGGUACGAGCAGAGCACAACCUGCGAGGGCAGGAAGGGGCAGCUUGCGAAGGUGAAGGCUACCCUGAUGAGGGGGAUGCCACCCGGAGUGGAAGCUCCUGGCCCUGGGAACACGGUCUCCUGCGUCGCCCAGGAUGCCCAGGCCAUUGUGACAUCGCCCAGCCAGAGCGGGACGGAACAGACCUGCCUGCCGGAUGCGGUUCCUUCAGCACUCCGGAGAGACCUGCUGGGCGACAGCGCCAGCUACCCCUUAGGUUUGUGGAGUCUGUAUGGCUCGCAGAUGGAGCUGGACACACCAAGCACCAUCUUCAAGAUUCUCGCGGAGGAGGUGCUGGGUUACAACGUCCGUGCCAGCGCACAAGACGUGAGCACUGCCGAGGAGGCCCUCUGGAUGCUAGCGGGCUGCGCUCCGAAUGACCCUGACGGCUGCCAUGGGAGCAGGGAGUACCACGUCACCUUCGGGGUUACCUUUAGCUGGAACGUGUCGGUGGAGUUCGGUCGAGUGCAGCGGCUACAGAUGGGGGGCUUGCUGGAAAACUUGGCCAGCAUGGGAUACCUGGCGCGAUCUGGGAUCUACCUCACAGAAAGCCUCGUGCACUAUGCAGAGUCGUCUCACAGCCGGGCGCUCCUUGACGACUACAGGAGCUAUGAUGCUCUUUACCAUCGACCGCAGCAGUAUUUCGACGACUUGCAGUAUUUCGAUUCCCAGACCCUCCUUGACUGUGCCGACUGGCUUGACCCCGAUCAGGCAGCACUUUGUGAGAACAGGUGGUGGAAAGCACCCAUGUGCAGGGUGAAGAGUAACCUCACUGUCGGCUGCGUUCCGUGCCUGACGGCUACUCUGGGAGGAACCGCCUACCGGGUUGCAGAAGUGAUGCAGAAAGCCGUCGCCCACAGAAUGCCCUUGGCUCUGGGGGUGACGCAGAGCGUCAAAGACCUCCAUGACCUUGUUGUGGCCCAUCGGACUUUAUUCGUCUUCUGGGAGCCAGAUGUCACCUUUCUCUUGCUGCACCCCCGUCGGAUUUCCUUCCCGAAGCACAAUCCUGUGCAGUGGAAGGCGGGUGAUUAUAGUACCGACUCGGAAGCGCAAGACCCACGGAUCGUGGUGAGCAGCGACCUGAUGCGGCUGGCGCCCGACGCCCGGGAGCUACUGCUGAAGAUGAAGUGGUCCUUGCAGGACAUUGACUCCAUGAUGCAACAGGGCGUGGAACAGAAGGUGUCCGCGGAUUCAAAUGGAACCAUUGACAGAGGCGACAUGGGGGACAUGCUGGAGGCGCAGCUGAGCUCCGGACACUGGAUCGCGGACGCUGCUUGGAAAGGCGCUUGCGAGUGGCUUCUGGCAAAAGAGUACAUCUGGAGGACUUGGAUUCCUCAGGCUGACAGCUGUCUUCAUGGCCAAGGCUUGUUUUCGACUUCCGCCGGCUGGCUGGAGGUCCGGCAGGUGGGUGCUGUCUGCCGCCCCUGCGAGCCGGGAUCCCGGUCGCAGAUGAUCACAGACGACACCCAGGUGGACACAGCUGUUUGUCGUCCUUGCGACCCCGGCUACAAACAGCCGUCAUUCUCCGCACUCUCUUGUGGCGAGUGCCCGCGUGGGAGAAUCUCCGACUCAUUCGGGAGCACGGAGUGCAGCAAGUGCCCAAUAGGCUUCUUCCAGAAUCGGACGGGUCAAAGCACCUGCUUGGCCUGCCCAAAGAACAUGGUGACAAGCAUCGAGGGCGCCACCACUGAGUUAGAGUGCAUCUGCAGCGAAGACACGUAUUGGCAGAUGGAGUCAUCGACAUGUGUCCAAUGCCCCCAAGAGUUCAUUUGCAACGGCAGCUUCGCCCCGCCAAUGCAGAGGGCAGGGCACUGGGCAGAAGACCUCGGAGGAGGAGACUACUCGAUCUACUACUGCCGGGACUUGCUCCGCUGCCCGCAGGGAUACCCUGGGCAGUGCCAGGUUGGUCGUACAGGCGUCGCGUGUGCAGAUUGCUACAAGGGCUUUGCCGCCGCCGCCGAUGGAAGCUGCCAGCCUUGUGAUGCAUUGAAGAUGUGGCCGUUUAUCCUCCUGCCGGUUGUGAUCGUGGGGGUGGUGCCGAUCUUGGUUUUUGCGAGCGUCAUGCUCAGCAGAGCCCGGAGAGUGGCCAUCACUGUCUUCGUGGUUUGCCUGGUCUUUGGCCAGCUCGUGGUUUGCUUGCAGUCCCUGGAAGCCAUAUACCAAUUCGACAUUCUCUGGGUGGACCCAGCGAAGGCUGUGCUCUCUUCCUUGGCAAUCUUCAGCCUGGACAUCGAGUUCUCUUGCGUGCUACCUCCGCGAAGCUUCCUGAUGGAGUAUGCCUUUCAGCUGAUGGCUUACCCGAUUGUGCUGGUGUCAACCUUCCUCCUCUGGUACAUGGCACGGUUUACUCGCAAGCGUGUGAGCUUCAGUGCAUUCGUGAACUUGCAUGGAAUUGUGCUGGUGGCAUUGCUAACGGCAAUGUCUUUGAGUGUACUUCGGCCCUUCCAGUGUCGGGAGAACCCGAACGGCUUGGCGACCAUGGUGACCCAAACAGAUGUCGUUUGCUGGACCACUGGAAAACAUGGAGGGCUUGUUGCCUUAGCUGUCGUAGGAGUUCUCGCAUACCCGGUGUCGAUCCUCUCGGCCAUCAGCUUCCUCACAUGGAAGUACCCCAUCUGGCUUCGAUCGUCCAGUGGCCUGGAGGUGCUCGAGCGGUACAAGUUCCUCUUCGGCCGCUUCCGCCCCGAGCGCUACUACUACGGUCUCCUGCUGUCUUGGCACAACCUGGUGGUGGCCCUGAUCCCGGCGGCGCUGGUGUCCGUGCCCGCAUUGCAGGUGGGCAUCAUGGGCAUCGUGGUCUGCGUAAAGCUGACCACGCAGAGUCUGCUUUGGCCCUGGCGUGUCGAUGUGGCCAACUACAAUGACAUGGUGCUCUCUGCGGGCCUUCUGAUCUUGCUGCUUCUGGCGUCACCAUUGUUGAAUCUGAAUGAGCAGAAGGCCAUGGAGUUUGUUGCAGUUCUUCUGGCUUGCGUUAUGUUCAUCUUACCUAUUGCAGCCUUGCUCGCAGCAUCUGCCGCUGUUUGCUUCCGACUUCGCCCGCAAAGCAAGUACUCCAUGUUCCUCUGCCACCACAAGGCGGGCGCCGGGGCCCUCUGCCGCUUCAUCAAGCUCAUCGUGCACAAGUACGGGCGCAUGAACAUCUUCCUGGACUCCGACGAGCUCGACGACCUCGCCCGCAUCUUCGAGAUCGUCAGCUCGGACACCCGCUGCCUGGUGGCGGUGCUCACGCCCGAGCUGCUGCAGCGCAUGUGGUGCGCGGGGGAGCUGACGAGCGCCCGCAAGCACGGAAUCCCCAUCAUCCCGCUCUACUGCGACGGCUACGCCUUCCCCGAUGCGGACAGCAUCAACAACAUCCAGUCCGUGUGGACCGAGGAGCAGCAGUACACCCUCACCAGCCACGGCAUCUCCAUGGAGGACAUCAAGGCCGCCUACAUCCAUAUCCGCACCCUUACCUUUGUUACGCUUCGGCGCUCGGAUCGUCUCGAGGAGCAGGAGCGCGCGGUGCUGCGGUUGAUGUCGGCCGUGUCGCCAGGAAGCGCCGGAGUCGAAGUGCCACCCCAAGGAUCCAUCGCCAACGCUCGCAUCCUCGUCUGCUCCUCCGACGCUGAGCCGGAGUUCGUGUCCACCCGACUCCUCCUGCAGCAGAUGAUCCAGAGGCAUCUGCAGGUUGCGGUCUUCAGCGCGCAGUCGCCGGCUGAUCUCCCAGUCGCGACCAGGGCCACCUUCGUGGUGGUGUUGCUGAGCCGCGGUGUUCUCAAGGACGCCACCUUUGCCAGGCUGGCUGUGGCCAUCCGAAGCGAGAGGAUCGAGUUCGUGCCGGUGAAUGAUGGGUCCUUCCAGUUCCCCUCGCCAGAGUUCUACCGGAAGGUAGAAGGCGGGGACAUCGCCAUCGCGGGACUUUCGGAAGACUCAGGGCCAGCGUUGGCAAAGGCCUACCAGGCCAUCCUCUCCAUCUUGGCUCUCCCCUUCGCUCCGCAUGGAUCUAGUGGGAUCUUGGACAGGCAAGUCAUGCAGAUCUGCCAGCGAUUCGGCAACUUAGAGGACUCGCCGCAGAGAAGGUUCAGCCCUCCGCUCAAGGAAACCAACGCCACGAGCGAGGCUAAAGAUGAGGCCUUUACUCCGUCUCCAGCAUCUGCAGAGACCGACGACAUGAGCUCCAGUGAUGAUGCUCUGUGCGUGUGA